UGCGAAACAACUAACGCCUGUGUUGCAACACCCUGUAUUGGCGUCAUGGACACCGCCGACAUUGAAGCGCAAGUCGAAGACUUGAGCAGUAAUAUUGAUGAUCUUGAGGAAGCGCUUGCGCCGCUACUCAAGACCGCCCUUUCCACAAGUGCCAGCAAAUUGCCUCUGCUGGAUAAAGCUAAGCUAUACGUUCAUGCUACGUAUGCAAUAGAGUCCAUAUUGUUCUCUGCUCUGCGCCUAAACGGCGUAGACGCGAAAUCCCAUCCUAUCUUCCAGGAGUUGAAUCGAGUAAAGGAGUACUUUGCGAAGAUUAAGACUGCUGAGACUGCUGGCACGAAGCGGAGCACUACCGUUGACAAGGUGGCGGCGGGAAGAUUCAUCAAGCAGGGGUUGGCUGGAAACGAGAAGUACGAUCGGGAGCGGGCAGAGCGUGUUGCAAGGGAGCAGGCUGGUGCGAAGAGAAAGUUCCAGGAGCUUGCGGGGGGUGUUGGGACGCACACGAGGUUUGACGGCGCUGCCAAGAGACUUCGUGCUGAGGAAGACGCAGUCGCCGUUGUGCGAGCCAGUAGUCUGGACGACGAGGACGUACCUGUAACGAGCGAUAACGCCAAUGGUACGUCUGCGCAGGACAAGGAGGCUAGAAGGGCCGCCAAGCGCCAACGUAGGCUAGAGAGGAGGUUGGCUGAAGAUGCAGAUGGCGCAUCAUCGACUGACAUCGCUCAAGAAGGACAGCCACGAGACACCAUGGUCCACUAUCCAGGCUCUGAAAGCACGAACGAGGCCUUAGCUGCUCUAAGUGGCUCUUUGCACCAAGCGGAGACGAAGAGGGUGAAGAAGAAGAAGCGGAAGAGUCGUGGCGAGACCCAACAAGAGCUUGAAGACAAGCGAGCAAACGAGAUGAAGUGAGGAAGAAGCUCCGGUUGUAUGUCGAACAAUGCUGCUCAGAGUCGCCUCACAGGCAUAAAGCGCUGGCAAACAGUCCAAUGAAGCUGUAUAACCAAGAGAAUUUGGAACUCUGUACAGGUUGCGAGUGAUGCAAAGCUCUGCGUAUAUAUUCUGUUCGUCUCCUAACAUACCGUAGCACAGACUGCAGCGUGCCUUCCUUCGCAAUUGUAUACCGUUAGCGAAUCACGGAAAAG